AUGUGGCAUCCUAUGAGCGAGUCGCUUGUGUACACCGGAGGUAGAGAUGGUGCUAUAUCCCUUUGGGAUUUACGGAUGAAUCCAUCAGUUCGUUUAUCUUCGGGGUCGACUGGUCUUAGGUCUGUCGCUACUAUCGUUCAUGCCCAUCAGGUUGUAGGAUCUUCUCCGGAACCCACCAUUACGGGGCUCGUGUUGCAAGACACUGCCACUUAUAAUGUAAUAAGUAGUUGUUCCGCGAAUGGUUUUCUUCGAUUAUGGGAUCUCAGAUCGACUAAUACCUACCUCUCGUGCUCUAGUUUGGACCCGACCGUCUACAACCAUCGCCAGUCUAGGGGUAUUGUGUCGCUGGUAUCGGGGGUCAAGGAAUCGGACGGUACUAUAUUCGGACUUGGCACCGAUGCAAGGAUAUAUGUGUAUUGUGUGUUGGAUCUAAACGUCUACAGUAGCCAAAACCCAUGCGACAGUCUCUGGGGGAGUCCAUCAUUUUAUGUGAAAUCGUCACUCUCACCGUGUGGUCGAUGGUUGGCAUACGGAGGAGGGCCUCACAACGGGGAUGCUUUCAUUUUCAGUGUUGCACGCGACACUCGAUUAGAUGUCGGACCCAUCCACGCUGUGAGGUUGAGGGGGGGUUCGUCUAGCUCGUGUGGAGUGGACUGGUCCAGCGAUUCAUUGGCUGUCUGUGCGGAAGCUGGAAGGGUCCGUAUAUGGCGGUCCGACCCCGGGAAGCGGAGAGAAUGUGAGAUACAACCUGAUAUCAACAAAAAUAAAUGGAGUUGGGCUACGACUAUUUCACAAAAACAUGGUUAUUAUAAUCGGAUAUAG